ACGUCGGCGGUAGCCUAAUGGAAGAGGAAAAUGGAACGUCGUGGUCAGUGAACAUCACAAGUGGCAACGAUCUCAGACGGUUUGAGGUUGUUGUUGAGAAUUUGACGCUAAUCGUCGCAGCACAGCUGGACUAUGAGUAUAACCCGCGGUACAACCUGUCCCUGGAGCUGACAAAUACUGAAGACAACAGCGUUUGGCAUGUAAACCUCGCCAUCGUGAUCGCGGACGUGUGGGGAUACCCGCCAUACUACAGCAAACAGUGUGAAACACCAGUUAUACCUGAUACUGGGACGGCUGAGAACUAUGUCGUACUGAGCAGCCCUAAUGGGCACUACGAUGUUGUAAUUAAUGAUCAAACGACAGACAAACAACAGUACUCAGACAUUUUUCCCUAUUGGCGUAACGAAUCCCACGAUGCAAUCAUGAACGACUGCUCCCUUCGGUUGUGUUCUUCUUUAGUGUGGGGUGAUUUAGAAGUGUUCCGCCUGGCGCUUGAGGUGCCUCAGAAUGGAGGGAGGAUAGAGUUUCAAUGUCGCGACAGACAGUAUAGAAGUGUGGGCAAGUUUAUAUUUUUGGAUGUUUCGAAACAAAUGUUGCCUGAGUGGGCACAGGAUAAAAAGUGUAGCAUGAGAAGAGGUGGUAAUUAUGUUAUAGUUGUGGAGCUGAAUGACACAAGGUCAAAUUCGUCCUAUUGGAUACAAUGUAGCGCUAAUUUUGUUUUUUCGAAAAGUACAUGGCCCGUCGAUUUUAUAUUUCAGUACGACAUUACAGGAUGUCCCGAGGGCAGGUACGGUCUGUACUGUGACAAGGACUGUGUUUGUAAGAACGGGGCCCGGUGUCAUGGCUUUAACGGUGCCUGUGAGUGCCGCCCGGGCUGGAGAGGGAGGGCCUGUGAUAUUCCCUGGCCUGAAGUUGUCAUCAUAGCGCCACCUGGCGAUUCAGUCGUAAAGUACAUCGGUACUAAUCUGACAUUGACCUGCCUGGCUCCACACAUCCAAGUAGCUAGUAUAAUGUGGGUUUAUGAAGCGGAAAACUAUUACAACGAUACAAAAAUCAUUAAAGAAGGGGCGGUACAGAACAGUUCCAUCAACUUCCAGCCAGUCUCAGAAUCAGACAACGGUGGUUAUACUUGCGUGGUAAAAGCUGUAAACGGUGAAGUAAUCAAUGCAACCUUUGCCCUCAACGCCAAAAAAUGUCGACCUAACUAUUAUGGAGAAUUUUGCAGCCAAGUGUGUGACUGUGAGUACGGAGGGACGUGUGACAGGUGGGAGGGGUGCCUGUGUCCUCCCGGCCGUCGUGGAGACAGGUGUCAGCACACCUGCGCACCUGGCAGUUUUGGUUGGAACUGCAGCAUGACAUGUCACUGUCAGAACAUCGCCGUGUGUGAUGCAGUAAAUGGCACCUGUAAUUGUUCGGAAGGGCAGUCAGGCGAAUUUUGUGAAAUCGUAACCAAAUUGGAAAAUAAUCAAGACGUUGUUAUAGUUUUGGCGUCCAUUCUUCCUGCUUUAGUUAUAGUCGGCUGCAUCAUAAUUGUGACCGUGGUAAAACAGAGGGGCACAAAUUGGAGCGGGCUACAUACAAUAAACAUAGUGGACAUAGAAAUGGAGCCUCUCUCAUCAUGGGAACUAGACAAAGAGGACAUCUUUUUUGAACACAUGAUAGGCGAGGGGGAGUUCGGCCAUGUAGUACGGGGAAGACUGCGCGUGCCUGAAGGCUACCAAGUUUUGGUUGCCGCCAAAAGUAUCCGGCCUGACCGCAUGACGGCGUCUGCUGUCCGCGACUUUCGCCGCGAAAUGGACAUUCUCGCCAGGAUCCACGAAGACAAAGAGGGACACCCGAACGUGGUGAAGUUUUACGGAGUUCUGACUAAAUCACAUCCACAGUACAUUGUUGUAGAGUACGCGGCUAAUGAGGAACUGCGCCGGUACCUGUGGGGUUUGAGAGAACAAUUCAAAGUUACUGGAGAAAGGAAACUGUUUGAACGUCUCGGUUUUGCUUCUGGCGUGGCCAGUGGGUUAGAAGAGCUGGCACGUCUGAAGAUCGUGCACCGAGACAUCGCGGCCCGUAAUGUCGUCAUCAGCGACAGGAAGGUGGCUAAGAUCGCGGAUUUCGGACUAUCGCGUGACGUUUACACGUCGUCGGCGUACGAACGCACGAACCAGGGCGGGGAGGAGGAACUGUUGCCGCUUAAGUGGAUGGCCGUGGAGUCGUUACGGGACGGGGUGUACACGUGUGAGAGUGACGUGUGGUCGUACGGCGUGCUGCUGUGGGAGAUCGCCAGUUUUGGGGAGGAGCCGCGCUACGCUGGAGGCCCCAUGCACCCGGACGUCUGCACACUGUUGGAGCUGCUGAAGAAAGGCGUCCGUCUGCAGCAGCCGGAGAACUGUCCGCUGCCGGUGUACCGCAUCAUCAGGUCCUGCUGGAUAGUAGACCCCGCCAAGCGGCCGACGCCUGAAGGUCUGCUGCAAAAGAUAGACCAGUUAAGACCACCGAGGCAUGCGGCCCACCUCGUUAACCAUGGCAUGACAUGGCAAAUCAGUCACCGAAGAGCCGUCCUGCCAGCAAGUCGAACGUCGGUAAAGCGCAGUCACCUGCAAGAUAUCGUGAAAAAACGUUCACUAAGUGGCAUAGGCGGAGAGAAGAUGGCCUAUGUGACGUUUUGUUCCGUCUUUCUACUGGUCAACCGAAUUCCAUCUGUCCAGGCCGGCCGAGAGGCGGGGUUUGGGGUUGAAAACGUCACAAUACCUGAGGACGCAUCUGUCGGCAGCACAGUCAAGCACCUGCGAGACUUUCUUAACGUCGGUGGUGGCCUAAUGGAAGAGGAAAAUGGAACGUCGUGGUCAGUGAACAUCACAAGUGGCAAUGAUGUCAGACGGUUUGAGGUUGUUGUUGAGAAUUUGACGCUAAUCGUCGCAGCGCCGCUGGACUAUGAGUAUAACCCGCGGUACAACCUGUCCCUGGAGCUGACAAAUACUGGAGACAACAGCGUUUGGCAUGUAAACCUCGCCAUCGUGAUCAUGGAUGUGGGGAUACCGCCAUACUACAGCAAACAGUGUGAAACACCAGUUAUACCUGGUACUGGGACGGCUGAGAACUAUGUCGUACUGGACAGCCCUAAUGGGCACUACGAUGUUGUAAUUAAUGGUCAAAACGACAGACAAACAACAGUACCCAGAGUUUUUCCCUUUUGGCGUUACGAAUCCCACGAUACUAUCAUGAACGACUGCUCCCUUUCGGCUGUUUCUACUUUGACCCCACCGUGGAAUGACUUAGACGCGCUCCGCCCGCCUCUUGAGGCGCCUCAGAAUGGAGGGAGAAUAGAGUUUCAAUGUCGCGACAGACAGUUGAGAAGUGUGGGCAAGUUUAUAUUUUUGGAUGUUUCGAAACAAACGUUACCUGAGUGGGCACAGGAUAAAAAGUGUAGCAUGACAGAAGGUUAUGUUGUAGUUGUGGAGAUGAGUAAGAUAAGAUCCACUGCGUCCUAUUGGACACAAUGUGGCGCUAACGUCACAUUUUACACUACGACAGUGCUCGUCGAUUUUAUAUUUCAGUACGACAUUACAGGAUGUCCCGAGGGCCGGUACGGUCUGUACUGUGACAAGGACUGUGUUUGUAAGAACGGUGCCCGGUGUCAUGGCUUUAACGGUGCCUGUGAGUGCCGCCCGGGCUGGAGAGGGAGGGCCUGUGAUAUUCCCUGGCCUGAAGUUGUCAUCAUAGCGUCACCUGGCGAUUCAGCCGUAAAGUACAUCGGUACUAAUCUGACAUUGACCUGCCUGGCUCCACACAUCCAAGUAGCUAGUAUGAUGUGGGUUUAUGAAGCAGAAAACUAUUACAACGAUACAAAAAUCAUUGAAGAAGGGGCAGUACAGAACAGUUCCAUCAACUUCCAGCCAGUCUCAGAAACAGACAACGCUGGUUAUACUUGCGUGGUAAAAGCUGUAAUUGGUGAAGUUAUUAAUGCAACUUUUACCCUCAAUGCCACCAAAUGCCGACCCAACUAUUAUGGAGAAGUUUGCAGCCAAGUGUGUGACUGUGAGUACGGAGGGACGUGUGACAGGUGGGAGGGCUGUCUGUGUCCACCCGGCCGUCGUGGAGACAGGUGUCAGCACACCUGCGCACCUGGCAGUUUUGGUUGGAACUGCAGCCUGACAUGUCAAUGUCAGAACAACGCCGUGUGUGAUGGAGUAAAUGGGACUUGUAAUUGUUCAGAAGGGCAGUCAGGCGAAUUUUGUGAAAUCCUGACCAAAUUGGAAAAUAAUCAAGUCGUUGUUAUAGUUUUGGCGUCCAUUCUUCCUGCUGUAGUUAUAGUCGGCUGCAUCAUAAUUGUGACCAUGAUAAAACAGAGGGUCACAAAUCGGAGCGGGCUACAUACGAUGAACAUAGUUGGCAUAGAAAUGGAGCCUCUCUCAUCAUGGGAACUAGAAAAGGAGGACAUACGUUUUGAACACAUGAUCGGCGAGGGGGAGUUCGGUCAUGUAGUACGGGGAAGACUGCGCGUGCCUGAGGGCUACCAAGUUUUGGUUGCCGCCAAAAGUAUCCGGCCUGACCGCAUGACGUCGUCUGCUGUCCGCGACUUUCGCCGCGAAAUGGACAUUCUCGCCAGGAUCCACGAAGACAAAGAGGGACACCCGAACGUUGUGAAGUUUUACGGAGUUCUGACUAAAUCAGAUCCACAGUACAUUGUUGUAGAGUACGCGGCUAAUGAGGAACUGCGCCGUUACCUGUGGGGUUUGAGAGAACAAUUCAAAGUUACAGGAGAAAGGAAACUGUUUGAACGUCUCGGUUUUGCUUCUGGCGUGGCCAGUGGAUUAGCAGAGCUGGCACGUCUGAAGAUCGUUCACCGAGACAUCGCGGCCCGUAAUGUCGUCAUCAGCGACAGGAAGGUAGCUAAGAUCGCGGAUUUCGGACUAUCGCGUGACGUUUACACGUCGUCGGCGUACGAACGCACAAACCAGGGCGGGGAGGAGGAACUGUUGCCGCUGAAGUGGAUGGCCGUGGAGUCGUUACGGGACGGGGUGUACACGUGUGAGAGUGACGUGUGGUCCUACGGCGUGCUGCUAUGGGAGAUCGCCAGUUUUGGGGAGGAGCCGCGCUACGCUGGAGGCCCCAUGCACCCGGACGUCUGCACACUGUUGGAGCUGCUGAAGAAAGGCGUCCGUCUGCAGCAGCCGGAGAACUGUCCGCUGCCGGUGUACCGUAUCAUCAGGUUCUGCUGGAUAGUAGACCCAUCCAAGCGGCCGACGCCUGAAGUGCUGCUGCAAAAGAUAGACCAGUUAAGACCACCGAGGCAUGCGGCCCACCUCGUUAACCAUGGCAUGACAUGGCAGUAAAGCAUCAGCUAUUAACAAAGUUUAAUGGGCUGUCUUAGAUUUAAUGCAAAUGAGAAACUCUAUAGCCUUUCAUCUAUAUAAGGGCCUUAAUGUGUUGCAGAUUAUUUCCUUUAAGUGAAAUACAAAGUACAUGUGAAACAUAUAUCAUCUGGGAGCAAUGUACAUUAAUAAUCCACGUCGCCAUAGCCUGGAUCCCAGCACUGUUAGCCCUAGAACGUCAUAAAGGCACAUAACAUGUCCGUACUUAGCCAAACAAGGCUCGUAUCCCUGCUAACUUAGCCAGACGUUAUGCGUCAAUUUUCUUUAAUGACUUUCAUCAAUUAUCGGUUAUUACAGGACUGCACAAAAGUAGUAGUGGUACUAGUAAUAGUAUUAACCCGACAGUGAGGAAUGGUGUUGUUGUAUAUAUGUUUACAUACCUAACCUUUAAUCCUGAUCUUAAAACGCAAG